GCCGUGGCCCGCUUGCUGCCGCCUCUGUUGCCGCAGUUGAGCGAGGUCUCCGCCACCUUAGCUGCCGUCGCCGCCACAACCACCGACGCCACUGCACGGGUGACAGGGCUGCCGUGGCCGACCCUGCGGUGUCCGUGACGCGGAGCCUGAGAGACGCCCGAGAAGGGAGCGCCCAGAAGGAAGUAGCCCGACCUGCCAUGAGGGAGGCGUUGGCGGCGAGCGAGGAGGCGGCGCUGAGGUGAAGGAUGCUGGCCGGGAGGCCAGGAGCCCGGAGCGCGGUCGCGGCAGUGGGCGCCGAAUCCUCGGACACUCGCGGCCGAGCGCCCCUCAGCCCUCGGGCGGGCGUCGGGCGUCACCGACCUGGCGCUUACUUAGAUAUGAAAAUCCAUCUAGAGAAAAAUUUAGAAGAAGAGCGUCAACUAUUAGUACAGCAACAAAAAAUAUGUCGAAAUCGAGCACGUAAAUAUUUUGUGGAGUCAAACCGAAGAAAAAAAGUCUUUGAAGAGAAAAGGAAAGAACAAGAAGAAAGAGAACACCAAAUGAGAGAACAGAUACUUCAACAAAGAAAACAGAAAUUUGAAGAAGUUACUGAAAAAUUCCAACGUGGCUAUAUUCCACUUUCACAGCGCAGGAGAGCAGUUUUUCAAAAGCAAGUUCCUCCAUUAGAAGAGGCCCUAAAACAAAUUCAGGGAUCCAACUUAAAAUCAGAAGUAAACUUUCCCUCCUCCCACAGACCAACAAUAAAUUGGAGAGCUAUAGAUUCUGCCUUGUCUUCAGCUUUGUCAAACAAUGAUCACAAGCAUCAGAAAAUUCUCUUUUCUAAAAUCAAUUGGGAUAAAGAAAUGAAGGAAAACAGCAUGGUAAACUUGGCUACUCACAAAGAUGCAUUCCAGCUAAAACUGCAGGAAACUCAGAAACUCCUAGAAGAUCAGCACCUAAACAGUUUGCAAAAAUUUUGUGAUGAAGUUAAUCAGAUAACCAAUUCCGAAACCCUCUCAAGUAUAGACAGUCUUGAGGCUGGAGAGCAUGAAGAAAUAUAUUUAACACUUAAUAAGGAGCCUUCCACGUUAAUCCAGCAGAAUUCCACUUCCCUCAAAUCAGCAAAUCUGCAAUCAACUAAUCUAAACUGCUUUGAAGAAGAUAAACUGUCAUUGUCUAAAACUCAACAUAUAAAUAAUUGGCUUAUAAAUUUAAAUGAGCCAGAUACUCAGACUGUCACACCUUUCUCACAUAUUUUAAGUAAGCCUGAUGUUCUACCUUCAUGUGAAGAUUUUAAUAGUAAAGGACAAAAUCCGUCUACUCUGAGUAAAACUGUGGAAAUAACCACAAAUCCUGCUAAUCAUUCAGUAGCCUUUGUAAAUAGUCCACGCAUAUUUGUACAAGAUAAGAAAAGCAAAAAGACCUCUGAAACCAGCACUGUAAAGACAACUGACACCUUUUCUGAAGCAUUUGAAAAGGAGAGACCACUAGUUACUGAAAGCCCAACAUUUAAAUUCAGCAAAGCCUGGACCACUCAAGAUUCUCUAUCCCAAGAAAUGGAAGUGGCUAUAUUUUCAGACCAAGAGAAAUACUCUGAAUUAACUCAAGAAAAUAGAACUACUUCAAUUACUACUUCACUUGUACCACCUUUAGUUUUGCCUUCUAAUACACAAUCCACAAGGCCUUUACCAAAGGACAGUAUACACAUAAAAGAAAUCGACCCAGUGCAGUGUUCCAGUAAGUUAGAUGAAUUGAAACAUGUUAAAGAUGAAAAGGUAAAAUAUUUUAAUUAUAAUAAGCAAGAGUUGCCUUUAUUUUUAGAUGAUUUUCAAGCUGUCUGUAUACCUCAAAACCCUGAUUCAAAAGAUAAACAGAAAGUAGCCGAAGUAUCAACAUCAUUAUCUAAUGUAAUUUCUAAUUAUGACUUAGAUGGUCACUACAAGAAAAUGGAAUACAAUAUUCUUGAGAGAAAUGGUGUGAGGUUUCUUAAAAGUAUUUUAAAGAAAGAAUCCAAAUAUGAACAUGAUUAUUUUAAGACACUAAUUAUAAAUCGAGACUUUAAGUUUGGAAAUCAAAAAGCAGCAGCUAUCAGAGAUAGUAUUGAAUUAACAAAAGAAAAAGGCAAAGGUGUAGAAAUUCCAAAGACUAUUAAAAAACUGAGGUGGUUUGAUGAAACUGGCAAUAUAGAAAACAAUGCUGAAGAAGGUCAUUCACUGAAAAACAGAAAAGGAAUAACUCAACAAUGGUCUCAACAAUUCCACAUUCAAACUAAAAGUGGUGCUGCCAACAACAUAACUCAUGUUUCUGCUUGUGCUGUAAAUUCUACUGAUGGAAAGCCCGAGAGGGAUGUUGUCUCUGAAAAUGUUGCUGUAGAAGUAUUUGAAACAGACCAUGUGCCUUUGAAUUGUUCUGUGUCUUCGGGUAAUAACUUUGCUAAAGAAGCUUGGCUAGGCUCAAAAAAAGAAGAAAGAAAAUUUUUUGUAAAUAAUUAUGAUUAUAAAACUCAGAAAAUUAGUCCACAAAGAGGUGGAGCAAAAGUAAUUAGAAGAGCAAGAUCUGCUAAAGAUCAUUCAGGCAUUAUACAUAGGAACAGAAGAGGCACCGUCAUUCGACCACAGUCUGCAAGCAAAGCCAACACAUUUAUACAAACUCAAGGUAAACUAAUUGUACCUCAUCCACCUCCUAAAUCUACGUCAAAUAUUAGGAGUGUUAAAAAUAUAAAAGUGUCUCAGUGUCAAUCAGUAAUGCCUGAAAAUUCUCAAAACAUUGUUAAACAUAACUGUUUUGAUUCAAAACAUGUGCUUCCAUUAGAACACAGUUUGAAUCAGUGGAAUCAAGAAAGUAAUCCUCUACUCUCAGAUGCUUGUUCUGACUUAAUCACUGUGAUGCCAUCUCUGUCUUCUUAUUGUACUUCUGAGUGCCAAACUUUAGCAAAGGUAAAUCACUCAAGUAACACUCAAAUGGUUGCCCAACAAGAUGGGACAGUAUAUUGCACCCAAAGAUGUCCUGUUUAUGAAGAAAGUCUUCAUUGUAUGGCUCUUAAAACUACUGGAGAAGAACCUGUUCCCUUGUGGAAAAUAGGGCAUAAUAUUCUGGGUCAAACUGAGAGGGCUGCUGAUUCUACUGUUACAAGAAGAAAACAGAUUGUUGAAAAUAAGCAGAAAGGUCUUUCUGAACACAAAAGACAAAACCCUGGAUCUGUAGAACAGAAGUACAGUGAGCAAAUGCAUAAUUUAGGGCAAAGUGUACAGCUAAGUUCAAGUGAGCCAAAACAAACUAGAAGGGGUACUUCUAAUAUUGAAGAAGUUUCAGAUAGUACUUCUGAGUUUUUGAUGGCUGAGAACCUAGUGAAAGCUUCAAUACCUGAGGAUGAAAUUUUAACCGUUAUGAAUAGUAAGCAACUACAGAAACCAAAUCUGACUUUAAAUAAGACCCAGCAAUUCAACAUCUGUACGUUAUCAGCUGAAGAACAGAAGAUCCUACAAUCCCUUAACCAUCUCAAUGAAAGAUUACAUGAUGUGCAAGAAAUCAUUUGCAAAAAUCCAUCCAUGAAAAAUACUUUACAAAUAAUACCACUUCUGAACAGCCAGCCAAGGGCCAGUCUUUCUCCAGAUGUUGGAUCCAGAUUGCAGAGAAAAUACUGAUGAAGUAUAACUGUAACUAUUAAAUCAUUAUUUUUGAGAAUCUCCUAUAAAUAUGUAAUAUAUCCCUAUAUGGUUAAUGAUUUAAAACACUAUACUUAAUCAUAAUAUAAAGGUAAAUCAUAACAUAGAUAAUGAAUAUAAAUUUACUAGUUUACAUUUAUGCUACAAAUUAUACUUUAUUAUGUAUUUUAUGGUUAAAUAUAUUUUUAAUGAAUGGAAAUACUUCAUUGUUUAUAAUGAGCAUGCUCCUGGAUAUAGAUUCAUUGUAUUUAAAAAUAAAAGAGAAGAUAUUUUGUUAUUCAAAUUAUGUAGUAGCUGUAGUGGUGAAGCUUUGUUUUUCUGAAAUUCCUAAUAAAUCCUAUUAAAUUUUUGUACAGUACUGUUAAAAGUUUAUGAUUAAUAAUAUUCCAUGUAAAUAGUAAAGCUAUUUAAGACCUUGCAGAGUCUCUGCACCAAGGGGUUGUUGCCAAGGGGUCUUGUUCCCAGCUCUUCAUGUUCAGAAAUUAAUGUUACCUGUUUAUUCAGAGGUGAUUAGUCUAUCAAAAAACUGACUACACUAGCAAAUCUCACAAGGACUGAAUAGCAAGUAUGAAAAAUAAACUGCAGUCUCAACUGGAUCACUUGAGUUGCCGGAUCAGUAUCUUUUUUUCCCAGUAGGAAUGCCUACUUGGAAAACCAGAUUUAAAGUAGAAGUUUGGUUUUUAAAAGUACAGAAGCAAAGCCAAGGUUAUAUGAAGUUAAAAAUUUUUUUCAUAGAAUUGUGAUAGCCCUGUACAUCCUUUUCCCCCAAAUAUUCCUGCUUCAGUUCUCAUCACCUCUCAUCUGGACUAUUUCAAACUGAAUUUCUUACCUCUGGCAGCAGUAAGAUUGCCAGAUGGCAUAUCUAAAGUAUGACUGAAAUGGCCAGAGUGAAAUCUACCUUAUCAAUCCCCCUUUUAAGGUUUUCAGAAUUUACCCUUCAGCUACUAGAGAAAAUUUGCAUUCCUUAGCAUGGCAUGUAAGGCACUCAUACGCUGGUUCCUCCCUGCUAACCUAGCAUCACCUUUACCAUCUUUCCACCACUCCACUUAUUCCACGCUACCAAACUGUUUAUAGUUCCCCAAAUACAACCUACUGUUUCAUGCCUCUCUGCCCUUCCAUAUGCUAUACCCUUACCUUGGAAUGCCUUCCCCUCCACUCUACUUACCAUCUGUCUGAUAAAAUUCUAUUCAUCCUGUUAAAUCCUGCUCAGGUUGAACUUUUUCCAGUUUUUCCCAAUGAUCUUCCCUUCUACCUUCUCUGUUCAAUUUCUGUACUUUGUACCCUGAAUUGCAAUUAUUUGUGUACAUAUAUAUCUGUUGUAGAUCAGAAGUUCCUGGAAAGUAUGAGUUAUCAUUCAUCUCUGUGCCCUUAGGUAUGAAAAUAGUCAGGGCAAAUAGUGGAGGACCAACAUAAUGAAUAAAGAAUAAAAUGCUCAGUGAUGUAAUUUAUCAAGCCAUCACUGUGUGCCAGGUGCUGCUCUCUUAGCGAUACAAAAGACAAAUUAUUUGCCUUAGUGGAACUUAUGUUUUAAUGGGGAAAACAGAUUAAAAAAUAAAUGUGUAAACAAAUAAGAAUAUACUGUCAUAUAGUUAUAAGUGCAAUAAUAAAAACAAGAGUAUGGUAAGGGGAUAGAGACUGAUGAGAGUGGAUAGAUAGGGAGGUAGAGUGGCCAGAGAACAUCUGU